GACGUUGACAUUUAAUGAUUUGAUGUGAUUUCGAGUUUAUUUGGUGGCGGGAGUUAUUUUUCUGGCGUUGUUUGGUUAUUUGUGAUAGUUAUCAAGCUAAGUAUUCGUGUGUCAGUGAGUAGUAUCAGGCGGCGAGUUUGUAGUGCUCAGCGAGUGACAGUGGUUCCGUACGAGCAGAGCUUAGUGCUGGAAGCUGUGGAGCCGGUCGGCGCCGGGCAUGUAGCGUCCAGUGUCGAGUGCUGGCUGUAAAUGUGUGACGCGGGAGAGAGCACCGCGGCGGGCGUGAUGGCGGCGAAGUACUUCGUGUACGGGUCGGGGCGCUGGCGGGCGCUGGACGUAGCGUCGGGUCGUGUGGCGGGCUGGCGGCGGCGCGCGCGGUUUGUCUUCGUCAGGCGCGGGCGGCUGCAGGUGGCGCGACGCGGCGCCGUGCUGCGGGCGCUGCGGGCGCUGGCCGCGGGAGAGCCGGGUGCGGCAGCCGACGGGCCCCGCCUGCCCACUCGCAGGUCGGAGCGCGGCGCGGCGAGUGUGGGCGCAGUACACUCGUGUCCACUCCACUGCUGCACGCACUGCCGCAGCGCGGUGCCGUGUGGAGGAACAUGUGCGAGCGAGCGCGCAGUACCGCGCGUGUCCACCGUGAUCGUCGCCACGUCACCGCUUAUGGCCGCCCCGGCCGUGACGUCACACUGUACGGCUGGACAGUGGACAGACAGUGUCAGCUCGCCACAUAAGGCUGGUUCCACUGUAAACACGCCACAAAAGGCAGGACCCACGAGCUCGCCCCGUAAGCCUGGCCCCGCUGUAAACUCGCCUCGUAAGCCGGGGCCUGCUAUAAGCUCGCCUCGUAAGCCGGGGCCUGCUAUAAGCUCGCUGCGUGAAGCUGGGCCCGCCGUGAGCUCGCCCCGUAAGCCCGGUCCCGCUGUAAGCUCGCUUCGUAAGGUGAGGCCCGCUUCAAAUUUGCCCCGCAAGGUUCCCCCGGCAGAUGGCGAGCGCGCUCAGUAUCGCGAGCUAGUGAUCUCGGAUGCGGAGCUGUCGCUGGUGCGCGGGUACGUGGCGCGGUGGCGAGCCGGCGAGCUGGCUCAGUACGACGCGGACGAGCAGUACCGUCGCGCCGUGCUAUACUCCAUCCACCCCGUGGUCCGCCUGCGUCCGCUGGCCGCCGCAGUACUGGCCAAGUACAGGCCGCGCCGCGCCGCUCCGCCGGACUCCGACACCGACCGCGCCGACAAGGAGAACACGGCGGAGAGUACAAGGGAGGCGAGCCCUGCAGCGCGGCCCCAGCUGGCCAAGCGGCCCGGCGGCGCGAAGCGCGAGGCCCCGAGCAAGCGGCCCCGGCUGGCGGAGCACACCAACCGGGCCCCUUCUCCCGAACUGGCGCAUGUCAUCAGCAACCGGGCGGCGCCGGGCAAGGAGUACUCGAGUCUGGAGGACCACGCCAUCGUGGCCUGGCUCAGCAUCGGGGAACGAGCCACCCACGUCAAGGGCAAUGCAAUCUGGCGCGAGCUGCAGCUGGUGUACCCGGCGCUGGGCGGGCGCAGUCGGUCCUGGCACUCGCUGCGCAACAGGUACCUGCGCUACAUCCUGCCCGCGCUGCCCGCGCUGCGCCUGCAGCCCGCCCUGCAGCAACGACUGCGCGCCGCCGCCGCCGCGGGUUCCACCAAGUCGAAGUCGGGCGCGCGCCGCAACUCGUUGCUGCACCAGACGCCGGUGCGCAGCGCGUCCAACAGAGUGGCCGCUCGUGGCGCCGGGUGCCACACACCCACCUCGCGCUCCAACUCCUCGUCCCCUGCAGCCUCGCCCGCGCGCAGUCAGUACAUACAUACAUACCGCUACAUUAUUAUAUUAUAUCUUGUUCACAAACUUAGGUGUGACAUUACUAGCUUCGCCCGUCCCGUGGGAUAUACAGAUUGGUCAAUGUGUUAGUCCAGACCAGACCAUUAAUCUACGCCUGUUCAUCCCGAUUUACUUUCGAAUUUCUAAUAUUAAUAAGUUGAAGAAGUGCAACCAGACCUCGCCUUGGCAUUCGACACAUCGACACGAUCCCUCGCCUCGGUGUAAGCGAGGAAGCGAGUGUCUGGCUGUAUAUGGUCUCCUAGCGCUCUGUCACAAUCAACGAGCGACAUGUGAGCUAUAGUACAUGCCAUUGUGUUCAAA